ACAAGAGGAGUACAGGAAGAGACAGAGGGGCUGCUGGGACUCGACUCAGAGAGGGUGGGACGUUUGAUGAAGUGUUUUUCAGAUUACUGUCUCUCUCAUCAUGUGGGGAAAAAGUAAGGAGGCAUUCUACUAAACCAGGACUAGGAAGGCGCAAAACAUCGAAUCCACAUCUGAAAACUUCCUGGAUAAGGAAUACGUUUUCAUCUCCUGUGUUUUCUCAAGAAAAAGUUAAAGUAUAACACCAGAGAACACUUUCACAAGCAAUCCUUCCCUCUGACUUUGACUCCUGACAUUUAGCCCUCAGUAUGAGUGGUCUGGUGGGGAAACUGGACCCUCGGAGGGUACAAUGGGGCUCGGCGUGGAACACCUUUACGUCCCGCAUCCUGAGGACCAAACCUGUGGAGUCCAUGCUGGAUACGGCCAUGUCUGGCACCAGCUCCCACGGGACCAGGCUGGCCCGGGUGUUAUCUACUGUGGACCUUGUUUCUCUGGGUGUGGGCAGCUGUGUCGGGACUGGGAUGUAUGUGGUGUCUGGGCUGGUUGCCAAAGAGAUGGCCGGUCCAGGGGUCAUUGUGUCCUUUAUAAUCGCCGCUGUGGCCUCGAUUCUAUCAGGAGUGUGUUACGCAGAGUUCGGCGUGCGUGUGCCUAAAACCACAGGCUCGGCCUACACGUACAGCUAUGUGACGGUGGGAGAGUGCGUGGCGUUUUUCAUCGGCUGGAAUUUAAUCCUGGAGUAUCUGAUCGGCACAGCGGCGGGGGCGUCGGCUCUCAGCAGUAUGGCAGACUCACUGGCCAAUCACAGCAUCAGCAACUUUAUGAUUUCACACAUCGGGACGCUCAACGGCCUGGGUAAAGGGGAGCAGUCGUACCCAGACCUCCUGGCUCUGCUGAUAGCUCUGCUGGUGACGGUGAUAGUUGCUCUGGGAGUGAAGAACUCAGUGGGCUUCAACAAUGUACUGAACGUCAUCAACCUCAUCGUGUGGGUGUUCAUGAUGAUCGCUGGGCUGUUCUUUGUCAACGGAGAGAACUGGGACGAGGGGAGAUUCCUGCCCUUUGGUUGGGGAGGGGUGAUGCAGGGAGCAGCCACUUGUUUCUAUGCCUUCAUUGGGUUUGACAUCAUUGCAACCACAGGAGAAGAGGCCAAAAGUCCCAACACCUCCAUACCCUACGCCAUCACUGCCUCACUUAUCACCUGCCUCACUGCCUACGUCUCUGUUUCUGUGAUCCUGACCCUGAUGGUACCAUACAAUGAGAUCGAUGCAGACGCCCCGCUCAUGGAGAUGUUUGCCAUGCAUGGCUGUAUGUUUGCAAAGUACAUUGUGGCAGUGGGCUCCAUAGCCGGACUCACUGUGUCCCUCCUGGGAUCCCUAUUCCCCAUGCCCAGGGUCAUCUAUGCCAUGGCAGGAGACGGCCUGCUGUUUAAGUUCCUGGCCAAUGUUUCUACCUACACAGAGACGCCUGCUGUUGCCUGUGUGGUGUCAGGCUUUCUGGCUGCCCUGCUCUCCCUCCUGGUCAGCCUUAGAGAUCUCAUAGAGAUGAUGUCCAUAGGAACUCUGCUGGCUUAUACCCUGGUCAGCCUCUGUGUUCUCCUUCUGCGUUACCAACCUGAGGGCGACAUCCACGGCUUUGUUAACUUCCUUUCUGAGGAGCAAAACAACAAGAGAAAAGAGGGCGUUCUGGCUGAGUGCGAGAAGGACGCCUGCUCCCCAACCAGUGAAGUGGACGAGUACGGAGGACCGGCCACCAACACCUGUGGAGCCAAAAACCUCCCUUCACUAGGUGACAACGAGAUGUUAAUAGGUAAACCAGAUAAAAAUGCCUACACUGCCAGCCAUCCAAACUAUGGCACAGUGGAUAUGACCACUGGUAUAGAAGCAGAAGAAACAGAAGGCGGGGUGUCCCGACGGCUGAAAAAGCUCAUUGGACCACGCUACUACACCCUAAGGAUUCGACUGGGCCUCCCAGGAAAGAUGGACAGGCCAACUCCAACCACAGGGAAAACUGUCACUGUGUGUGUGCUGCUUCUCUUCAUUUCCUUCUUCGCUUUCUGCUCCUUCAUCAUUUUUGGAUUGGACAGCAUUGGCGAAGGACGCUGGUGGGCUUUGCUGCUCUUAAUCUUCCAAAUCAUCUUCAUUUCCCUGCUUAUCAUCAUCAUCCUCCAGCAGCCAGAGAACCCAAAGCGGCUGCCCUACAUGGCGCCUUGUGUCCCCUUUGUACCCGCGUCAGCCAUGCUGGUCAACAUCUACCUCAUGCUCAAACUGUCUGCGAUCACCUGGAUACGCUUUUCACUCUGGUGCCUCGUGGGUGUGCUUAUCUACUUUGGCUAUGGCAUGUGGAACAGCACACUAGAGAUCACAGCCAGAGAGAACGAGGUGCAUGCCUCCACCUAUCAGCGCUACGAUCAAGGUGUGGACGAAGGCUUCUGCGGCUUCGAUGACGAUUUCUACCCGCCGACUACUGACAACUGGGGCGCACCAGAGGGGGGAUUGGGGCUCACGCCACCCCCCGAGGCGAAACCUGACAGUGACGGGACGCCAUCUAAAGGUGGAGGCAGGACCAUUGCCAAACACGGCCUCGCCGAGGAGGAUCCGAUGGAUUUCUGAAGGGACUGACUCCGUGUUAACCCUGAAUGUACUGCCUUGUCUGCUGCCUGGGGGAAGGGAGGGGACCAGAGUGAGUGAUUGCGUGGGUGCGUGCGUGUGUGCAUGCCUGCAUGUGUGGUUGUGUAUUUGUUAAUGUGGCCAACCCUUGGGCUAGAUAGUUUUUCUUUGACCUCACUCUACCACGCUUCAGCUCACACAGCUAAGGUGGGCGUCAAGGCCAUGAGUGUUUUGUCAUUCGCCACAUCCCACAUAAGAACGGACUGAUAGAAAAAUGCGGACAUAGCAAAAAUAAAAUGUGUCACACUGCACUGUGAACCUUGAACAUUGUGAAUCAGUCAGCUGUUGAUAUCAAAGGGUUUACGGGAUACAGGAGGGGUGAAAAUGAGGAACAAGAAACCGAUGAUUCAGCAAUUCUCUUCCUGUUUCAGCAGGAAAGUUAGAUGAUGGCUAUUUCCUAACUGCAGGUCUGACAUUCUCUGCUCGAUAUAUGGAAAUUAGCUGCACCUAUGCUGAUUUUCUUAAUCACUCUUUAAAAAAAUCAGCUUUCUGCCUGCUUUUGUCCAUCCCUCAUCCCCUUACAUCUAGCCCAAGGGAUUCUGGGACUGGUUUUGGAGGAGGGUGUCGAUGUUUUCUCUCACAAAUAGUACUUGGACUUUGCUUGCAAUAGUGCCUUCAUCUACUGUGUGAGUCUGAUCGUGUCUGUUUUCUACUUUCAUUUGUGUGAGGGUGUAUGUGCAAUCACCUUUUACAUGGAUUCUCAUGUCGCUGUGUGUAGAUAUACACUGUGUUUUCUCCAGCUUGUUUUACCGUGUUUGUGUCGAUAUUUGUUUCAUUUUGUUCUUCCCACUCCUUUUUCCCAGCAUGAAGCUCAAAAUCAAUCCACUUGCGACAAAGCAGCUCCUGGUGCAAUAUAACAAACGCUUCUCAGCUCACUGGUGUGCAAAGAGGAGGGGGGAAUGGAGGGUGUAACAGAGAGGUUGAAUCCCAAAUCGACAACCAGCGUGUGUUAUGUGAUGGAUGCAUAUUUUUUCACUCUUGUUUACAUGCACUGGGAAGGAAUGCAUUUUCAGCUCAUACAAUAGAGGAAAUUGAUUUUUCUUACAGCCAUACAGAAGGGACUGUGUGAAAAUUAUUAUAGCGCAACAGCUGAGGUGAAAUGAUGCAGCAUUUUUAAUUUCCUAGGGGGAAAAUGAGUCCUUUUUGGUUAGGAUCUUCAAUUAGUUUCUGACUUUUAAUUGAAAUGACAUCAUUCUUUUCAGAUAAUAUUAAAAAAGGAGAACUAAUUAUGAAAAUGCAUUUCACCAAAAAUUUAAAAAAGACAUAUUUUUUGUUUAGUUUUUGAUUGGUGGUGCUUCUUUUCAGUGCUGCCUCCCCAACUAAUAAUUUUCAUACAGUCCCUGACUCAAAAAGACAGUUGCAAAUUACCUGGUAUUUUGCUACCCUGAGGCCACAUUUACAUGAAAACGAUCCAUUGAAUAUCAUAAUUUUUUUUAUUUUGUUCCACACUCUGAGAGCAAUGGGCCUCAUUCACCAAUCUCUUCCUAACAUUUUCAUAAAUGUGUUCUUAAGAAAUUUUCAAAGAGAAACCUGUGUGAGAUUCAUGACAUACUAAUACUGCUGAAUCGGUCCCACCUGUGUUCUUAAGCUGAUGACUGCCAGGUGCUCUCAGCUUCUACUAGGCAUAGGAAGACACCCUUUUAAUGCCCAUAUAAGGACAUAUAGGCCAUGUGCAAAGAGAGAAGGCACACAAGAAGCAAGAUAAAUGUAACAACACUUUUGUAGUUCUAAAGUGGACGUAGUCCU